UUUAUCGAGAGUUUUAAAUGUUAUGUUAAGUAUUGGUUUGAAUUGGUUUUCAGUUAUCUAUGUAUUCAUUGACCAACAGUUGGCUUAAUGUUUGACAUUAAACACAAUAUAUUGAUUAUCACCGCAACAACUGGUCUUAAGACACACACAGACACAAUGUCUGACCAAACUAUGGAUCGAUUGAACCAAACUCUUGACUCCGAAAACCGAUCGCUCUAUGGAUUGGAUGAUAUUCUUCAGGAUUUGGAGACAGAGCUCGAGUGCAAAGAGUUGGUCUACAAAUUGGUGGCCAAAGUCGAGUGCAAGACAUUAGAGUCAGAAAUAGAGUCAUUGAAACAAUCAUUGGACACAAAACACAUGGACUUAAUGGUCACUAAAGACAUGUUUGAGAGUCUCAAGAAUGACUUCCAGAAAUUGGUUGACUCAAAGACUAAAUUAGAAAUUGAAGUCGAUGUUGUCAAUCAUGAAUUGGAUCUUAAAGAUCAACAAUUAAACGAAUUGACUCAAUUGGCUGUUGAAGUGGAAGAAUGUAAACUCCAAUUGAUGGCUAAAGACAACGAAUUGGUUGUCAUUAAAGAGAGUGUCAAAGAAGAGCAGUUAAAAUAUGAAGAAAAUAUCAACGAAUUUAAGAAUCAAUGUUUGUCUGAAGUGGAAGAAUACAGACAACAAUUAUUAGCAAAAGAUAAUGAAUUGUUGACAACUAAUGAGACUAUUAAAGAACAACAGUUAAGAUCAGAUUCAAUGAUUAAAGAAUUAGAAGACAAGUUUGCAACAGAAAUAGAGAAAUAUAAGCAACAAUUGAUGACAAGUGACGAUGAAAUGGUUGCAAUUAAAGAGAGUGUCAAAGAAGAACAAUUGAAAUACGAAGAAAAAGCUAAACAAUUUAAAGAUCAAUAUUUGUCUGAAGUGGAAGAAUAUAAACAACAAUUAAUUAAUAAAGACAUUGAAAUGAAAACAAAUAAAGAGAUUUAUGAAGAGGAAAGAGAGACAUUAGAAUUAAAGAUUAAGGAAUUGGUGAACAAGUUUACUACAGAAGUGGAGGAAUAUAAACAACAAUUGCUGGCAACUAAUGAGACAAUUAAAGAGAAUCAGUUGACAUCAGAUUCAAUGAUUAAAGAAUUAGAAGACAAGUUUGCAACAGAAGUUGAGGAAUAUAGGAAACAAUUGGAAACAAAAAACAAUGAACUGAUUGCAAAUAAAGAUUGUUUCAAAGAGAAACAGUUAAGAUUUGAAGAAAGGAUUUGUGAAAUUGAGAAUAAAUUUGUUUCAGAAGUUGAGGAAUAUAAACACCAAAUCUUGACAAAAGACAAUGAGUUGAUCUCAAUUAAAGAGAGUAUUGAAAAUGAAAAGUUAAGAUAUGAUUCAAUGAAUAACGAAUUUAGAGAUAAAUAUAUGACAGAAGUGGAAGAAUAUAAAAGAGAAUUGACUAUUAAAGACAAUGAAAUGAAAACAAAUAAAAUGAUUUUUGAAGAAGAAAGAGUCAAAUUAGAACUAAAACUUAACGAUUUAGAGAAUAAGUUUGCAACAGAUGUUGAAGAAUAUAAACAACAAUUGGUGACAAAAGAAAAUGAUUUGAUUGCAACUAAAGAGAUCGUCAAAGAAGAACAGUUAAAAUAUGAAGAAAAUAUCAACAUAUUUAAGAAUCAAUGUUUGUGUGAAGUGGAGGAAUACAAACAACAAAUGUUAGCAAAAGAUAAUGAGUUGUUGAAAAAUAAUGAAAGUAUUAAAGAACUACAGUUGACAUCAGAUUCAAUGAUUAAAGAAUUAGAAGAUAAGUUUGCAACAAAACUGGAGGAAUAUAAGCAACAAUUGGAAAUAAAAGACAAUGAACUGAUUGCAACUAAAGACUAUUUCAAAGAGGAAACGUUGAAAUUCAAAGAAAAGAUUUGUGAAAUUGAGAAUAAAUUUGUUUCAGAAGUUGAGGAAUAUAAACACCAAUUGUUGGCAAAAGACAAUGAGUUGAUCUCAAUUAAAGAGAUUAUUGAAAAUGAAAAGUUAAAAUAUGAUUCAAUGAAUAUCGAAUUUAGAGAUAAAUAUAUGACAGAAGUGGAAGAAUAUAAAAGAGAAUUGACUUUUAAAGACAAUGAAAUGAAAACAAAUAAAAUGAUUUUUGAAGAAGAAAGAGUCAAAUUAGAACUAAAACUUAACGAUUUAGAGAAUAAGUUUGCAACAGAUGUUGAAGAAUAUAAACAACAAUUGCUGGCAAAAGAUAACGAAUUGGUUGCAACUAAAGAGAGUUUCAAAGAGGAACAGUUCAGAUUUGAUUCAAGGAUUAAUGAAUUUAAGGAUAAAUUUAUGUCUGAAGUGGAAGAAUAUAAGAAGCAAUUGGAAGUAAAGAGAAAUGAAUUGAAAACAAUUAAAGAGAGUUUUGAAGAAGAAAAGUUUGGAUUUGAAGAAAAGAUUGUUGAGUUGGAAGCAAAACUUGAAUGUAAAGAAUUGGAGACAGAAGUAGAAGGACUUAAAAGACAGAUUAAGGUCAAAGAGACUGAAAUCAAGUCAAUGGAAUCGCAGUUAAUUGAACCACUUCUUCAAGAAAAGAUGCAUCUCAUGACUGAAUUGACUGAAACUAAACAUAAAUACUUAAAUUUGGAAACAAAAUUGAAUUCAUUAGAAGAGACAAACAUAAAGUUGAACAAAGAGUUGGAAUUUUUGACAGAACAGGCGUCCAAAACAUCAGAAUUGGAGAAAAAGAUCACAGAGUUUGAGAAAUUGAAACAAUUAAAGGCCAGAAACUUUGAACUCAUACUAAAUCAGGCAAAGGUUUGGGAGAAAAAAGUGACAACAGUUGAGACCGACAAAGAACUACUCGACAGUAAACUUAAAGAAAUUCAAACGGAAAACGUGAGACUAAAUGAUAAACUAAAUAAAUAUUUGGAAAAAUGUAAAGAAACACGAAAUGAACUGAAGAAAGAAAAGGCUAAAAGCGAAUCAUUGGUCAGUCAGUGGAAGUUCUAUAGAGUUCAUCACAUGAAGAUCAGGAAAGAUAUGAGAAGAAUCUGUUCUGAUAUUAACACUAUUGUCGGUGACUCUAAUUAUUCAAAUGAUUUGAAGAAUUUUGUUGACAUACUUAAGAAAAGAUUUAGCGUCGAUGAUGAAGACGAUGAUGUAAAUGAAGAGUUGGUUGAUAUUAUGAAAGAUAAUUUUGGAACCAAUGAUAGGAAACAACCGCUAAGUUUACGUAACAGCAAAUGAUUGACAUUUAUUUGGAUUGAAUUAUAAUUGACUUCAUUUGUAUUUUCUAUUUAUAUUAUAUUUUAAUCAAAUAUUUUA